CACUGUCAACUCUCGUGUCUCGUCCAAAAUGCAAACAAGCGGACAUGAAUGCCGCUCUGCUGUCCAACUUGCGUCGUGUGGUCGAGAUGUGUGACACCGGCUUUCUAUCAAGUAUUUCCAUUCAGUUGUCGGCCACUUUGCAAUCGACUGCAUCAGUCAGACAACAAUUUGUCGCCGCGUGUCUUCAUCUUCUGACGCUCCUAACGGACGAGUUGGUGCGUCUUCGCGAGAAGAGCGCUCAGAUGUCAGACCUCGACCAACUUUCGACUCCAAGAUUGUCUCCUGAUGCGUUGAGUGUGUUACAGCAGCAGACAGUGUCCAACGCUCUACAGUUUGUUGUUGCUCUUGGUGUGUACCCUUAUCUGCAGAGUGGAGUCGGACUGCCACUGUCUGCUCGUUUGAAACAGUCACAGCUGCUCGGAUUUAGUGACAUAUUGUGUGCAUCAGAGACUCGUGUUGAUAAAGAGUUUGUGAGAAGGCACGUAGAGACGGUUCUCGCACUGUGCAAGUGUUUGCGUCAUGCUGCCUUACGAUCUGUUAUUAUAUCGAAACAUCUCGUCGACCUGUUGGCAUCAUUAUUACAAAUCAGCUUCUUUCCUGACUACCAGGGCUGUAGAAAUGAUGAGUGUAAUGAAGCUUUAAAGAACCUUGUGGAUGAAACUUAUCAGCCUCUCAUCAUCAGGCAGCUGUUGCUGUUGCAAGGCCCUCCGCCUAGACAAUCUCAGAAGGAGUCGGUAAACCGAGCAAAUAGUUUGACGACGAAGGAGGCAUGUGUGACCCCCAAAUGGCUUCGUGAUGCAUGUGGAAGGUUGUUGUCCGAACGACUGAUGAAAGACAAGGGUGUUUAUGCUGUGAUUCUAGCAAUCAUUAAUGUGCCAGGAAGUAAGUUACUAUCUGAUAGAUAUGGCCUGUCCACACUAGACCAGAAUGGAUCGCGAUUUUGCUGGCCGUGAUCCCAUCACGAGCAGAUUGGGUUAGUGAGCGUCCACACUGCACUUUGAAAAUGAUACCUCCACCUCUUGUUUGGUAUCACGUGACUGAUGACCAAUGUGUCCGUGUGGAUUCUUUGCUUGUGGAAAGCAUUGAUACAGCGAUGCAAGAUGAGCGAGAAUGAAUAUGAGACAGCAGGGAUAGAUGUUUCGACUACA